GUGCAGCCCAGAAUUGCAUUGGCUUUUUUAGCUGCUGCAUCACACUGUUGGCUCAUGUCAAGUUUGUGGUCUACCAGGACUCCCAGAUCCUUUUCACAUGUACUGCUCUCAAGCCAUGUGUCUCCCAUCCUGGGAGUCCAUCAUCUUCUUCUCACAGUGGCUGAACAAGUUGCCUGUGGUCAGCCAGCCAGCAGGAUUCGAGCACAAGAGCACUGUCCCCUCCUGUGGUUUUCAUCUACUAGGAAGGCGCUUCCUCUUGUCUGUCCACAAUGUGCCUCACAUGUUGGCAGGAUAUAAAGAAGGGUAUCUUGUGAAGAUCUUCAAACCUAGGCAGGUUUGUAAUGAAGAAGGCAGUCUUCCAGAUAUGAGCAGUAUAGACAUUUUCUAAUUGCAGCAUUAAACGGAUGAUGGCGGAAAUGCACAUGCCCUCUCAGCGUGCCUUAUUUCCAGGAAAACGUUAAAGAAAUUGCUUGGCUUUAGACCUUAAAAAUUGUGCAUCGGGAUUGUUAUUUUGAAAUGGCCUUCCCUCCUUCUGUGCCAGGAUGCCUGCAGAUCUGAUCAUGAAGCUUUUUUUUUAUGACAGAUGCAAUUUCAAACUCUGAAAACUGGGACAUAGGCAGAAAUCCCCUUUGUCUGCCCACAAACUCCUCCAAUAGAAUGCCUUUCAAAACAGAACAAAACAUAGCAAUGAACUAUGUGUACGAAAGCGUAGAGUUGGGUUUUCAGGGGACCUAGUCUGAACCAGAUAUGGUAUGUACUUGAACCAGUUGUGGCCAGAAUAAGUUAUUUCUUUAAUACUCCCAGGUCUUUAACUACAUAGAAAAAGCUCUCUAUAAAUUCUUAGUGAUGGUAGUAUACUAACUUACCGUAAGCAAUAUUUAUAUUCUGCCCUGUAUGACAAAGGGCCUGUUGGACUGGAUGAGAGAAAUUAAGUGGCAGCAGUUUUAUUACUUUUAUUAAUUUACUUGUUUUCAUUAUUUGUUACAUUUUAUAAGUACUCCUUCCUCCCAUGGAACUCAAGGUAGUUAGUGUGUAUUGUUUUCCCCUUCUCACAGCAAACCUGCAAGGUAGAAUAUGCUGAGAGUUUGUCCCAAAGUCACCCAGUGAGCUUCAUAAUUGAUAUUUAAACCCUGGGUCUUGCCUGUAGGAAGUGUGACGCUUAGUUUAACCACUAUGCUGCAAUUUCAGAAGGCUGAUAAAGCCCCUUUUCCUAUAGGAAACACUCCUGGUUUUAUUUGGGCAUUUCAUUUAUAAAGUAUGCAUAAACAGAGAUCCAGUUCUUUUCCAGAGGCAUGUAUUUUAAACAGGACUGUUGUAGAUGUUUACAUAUCUGCACCUGUAAUAUCUGAUAGAUGUGUGUGUGUGAUUUUUGGAUAUUGGUAUCUAGUUACAAAACUUUCCAGAGGGUUGGCUGGUUUAGUCUCUUGCAGCAGAAACAAUACCGAGCCCUUGUGGCACUUUAAAGAUUAACAAAUUUAUUAUGGCAUAAGCUUUUGGGGACUGUAGCCCAUUUUUUUGGUUACAGCUGGGGAUGUAAUAAGGCUUUAUAGCAGGGCAGUGGGAACAAGGGAGCGGCAGUGCAUGUGAUUUCAGCUGUGUGCACUGGCACAUUGUGCGCUCGCCUUCAGACAUUAGUUUAACUAUGGUGUAAAGUGAUGUGUGAACUUGGCCUAGUACAAUGAAAUAUAACAGUGCUUUGCCUCAGUGUUCAUGUGUUUCCAUCACAGUAAAGGAUGCGGGUGGAGCUGUGGUCUAAACCACAGCCUAGGGCUUGCCGGUCAGAAGGUCGAUGAUUCGAAUCCCCGCGACAGGAUGAGCUCCUGUUGUUCGGUCCCAGCUCCUGCCAAUCUAGCAGUUCGAAAGAACGUCAAAGUGCAAGUAGAUAAAUAGGUAUUGCUCCGGUGGGAAGGUAAACGCCGUUUCCGUGCACUGCUCUGGUUCGCCAGAAGCGGCUUAGUCAUGCUGGCCACAUGACCCGGAAGCUGGCUGUGGACAAACACCGGCUCCCUCGGCCUAUAGAACAAGAUGAGCACGCCACCCCAGAGUCCUCCGUGGCUGGACCUAACAGUUAGGGGUACCUUUACCCUUUUAAAGGACUAUAUAUUAUUAACAGUCUUUGGAAUUGGUGGGUCUGGAUAAUGGUUGCAUUACCAUUUGAAUGUGUGAAACUAAUAGUGUUUAUUACUUCUUUAUUUUAUAUACCAUUCCUUAAAGCAUCUACUUGGGAAUAAGGCCAAUUGAUGUCAUUCUUUCCAAUAAGUCCUAUUGGUGUCCUUAUUUCCUUACUAUAUAUACUCAGGCUCACGACCUUAAUUUAAUUGCUUUUUGUGUGUGCCUUAGAUGAAUAAUUUUGGGGCAUAUGAAUACAACAUAAAAUGUUACAAAGAACAAAUUGCCUCAGAGUAAUUGAGGUUUCUGAAAACAGGAGUUGCUUCACAGAUUUAUAUGUUGUUUAUCAGAUUUAUAAUUGGACUAUGAAGCAUGGCACGUUUAAGGAGACUAUUAAAGCAAAUGUUCGUUUGACAAGAUGGUAUGUUCUCUCACCUUAUGGUUAGAAAUAACAAUGGAAUAUAAGAACAUCAAAACGGACUUGCUGGAUCAGAGCAAAAGGAGAAGUACCAGUUCACUCAGAAGUGUCCAGAGUAUGCCGAGUAUAUUAUCUUCUUAGAAUGAAGCCUGAUGCUUUUUCGGCCCGUUUAAUGAAGGAAUGAAACAUUCUCAGCCUGAAAGGGGAACAGCCAUUCAGAAAGAAUUUAGUUCCGUAGUGAAAUGGAAGAGCCAAAAAAAUAAAUAACUUCACAGACGAUUUCUCAGGGAUUACAGAUCUUGGUGUGUGGUUUCUUAAAAAAAAAAGUAAAUUAAAAAAUUAAAUGGUUUUUGUUGAGAGAAAAUGGGAGAUCAGCAAAUGUACAAAACGAGCCAUGUUGUCAACAACAACGAAAGCUUGUAUUACCACCACCAGCAGCAGCAACAGCAACAACAACACCUGAAUUCUCUUGCACCGUUAAACCACAGCUAUGGAACAUCAGCCAUGGAUGCAACUCAGGAAUCUCCGCUCUCCCCAUCGUUCUCUCAAGAAACUAGGGAAAACAUAGCUUUGAAUGCUGGGUCCAAAACUCUUGGGUUGAUGGAUUCUCCUAGACAAUCCAGUUGGGCCCAUUUGGGUUCUGGGAACCACGUCCCAGUGAGGAACAACCAAAACGUCAUGUGGGGCUCAGCGGGGCAAGGCGAAGUAACCGACGGAUACGAGCAUCUGUGUUCCCAAGCCAACGAGGUCAGGCCGCAGAAAAUGACGAGUGGCGUUUUGCAUAAGCUGGACUCCUUUGCCCAAGUGUUUGCGAACCAGAACUUAAGGAUCCAGGUCAACAACGUGUCUCAGGUCAUCCAGCCUUCAGCGAUGGGCGGCACUGGCGACAGCGCCCUUCGGCAGCUGCUGUCUCAGAAGCCUGCCGUGGAGCAGCAGCCGGUGCAGAGAUACCAACAGGUGCCGCAGCAAGUCCACCAGGGUUUUGUUGGCACGCCGCAGAAGCAGCACAUGCACAUGAUGGCGCACCAACAACCCCUCUAUUACGACGAACAGCAGCAUUUAGCGCAUCUGCAGAUGCACCCUGCGAUGCAUCAAGGGCAGGCCCACUUCCAGCAAAUGCACUCUCAGCACCUGCUGCCGCCGCAGCAGCUACAACAGGAUCAAUACUAUCUGCAGCAGCAGCAACAGCAAUCCCAACAAGGGCAACAUAGGCUUUUAAUACAUGAGUUGCAGCAACAGCAACAGCAGCAGAGGCAAUGCCCGGUGCAAACAGCUCAGUAUUAUUCAAUACAGCCUAUGAUGCAACAUUUGCAGCAGCAGCAGCAGCAGCAGAUGCAAAUGCAACUUCCUGCCUUUCACAGAGAUCCUGACCAGAAGCCCCUGCACGAGACUCAUCAGUACUCUCAGGAUCGGGGUCAUUCUGUGCAGCUCAUUCAGCUGGGAGCAGUGCCUCAGUACUUCUAUCAAGAUCAGCAGCAACCCUUCAGGCAUUUGUAUUCACAAAGCUUAUUGCAGCAGCAGCCGUCACCAGGAGAUGCCAGUCAGCCAAACCAUUACCAGAGCAACAGCAAGGCUCAGGCACUGAUGGAUUCGCACCUUGGAUUCCCCUUGGCAGAAGGGACGGAGGGUCCAGCUCAGCAGGACAUGAAUUCUGUCGCUGGUGGCGUCCCUCAGCAACCUCUGAUACCCCCAGAAAGUAUCCACGUGGAUAGCAAAGGGCCACAGCCAUUGUCCCCUGGUCCCAUGUGGCCUCAGCAGCAGGUCCAUCUGCCUGAUGGAAGACUCCGGUCAGUUUCCCCUGAGCAAAGCAGCAUUCAUGAAAAAGAAACUCAUAGUGAGAGAUCUGAAACAAAGAGCAAACUCGCGUGCACUGUAUGCUUGAAGGAAUUUAAGAGUUUGCCAGCCCUAAAUGGCCACAUGAGGUCUCAUGGAGGGAUGCGGGCAUCUCCUGUCUUCAGACAGUGUUCUAGUUGGGAGCAGUCCACGGUUGAGGCUGAAUGCCUUUGGUUGUCUGCACAGGACGAAGGGGAGAGCCUGCCGCAGCCCCAGCGCCAACACCAGCGGGAGCAGCUGCCCUCCGAGGCGGAGAGCUUCGUCCCCAUCGUCAUGCCUGUGUCGGUGCCCGUAAAGCUGCUGUCACCCGAUCCCGCCAAGCAGGCCACUGACAGCAGCGCCGUGCUUAAAGAUAAGCCUGUCUCAGAUGAUGAGAUGCCCGUUCUUGUGAGGAUGACUUGCUCUCCGCCAUGCUCCCCUAACGUGGCCAGCCCCUGCCCGUCCUCUGACCUCAACAGAAAACAGCACCAAAGCACUGCCAACUCUGAAGAAAGCAGCUUCAAACCGUUUCAAGACAAGAAAAAAUACCGCCACAGACCUGAGCCUCUGUUCAUACCGCCACCUUCUUACAACCUAGCUGCAUCCCACCUGGGCGCGAUGCUGUACCAAAGCCAGCUUCGCUCUCCCCGCAUCCUAGGAGACCACCUGCUUGACAGCAUUCACGACCCCCCUCCUUACACCCCACCUCCGAUGCUCAGCCCGGUACGGCAUGGAUCUGGCCUCUUCAGCAGCGUUAUCACAUCCGCUCAUGGUGCGUCUCACCCCCAGCUGCCGCUCACUCCUUUGACGCCCACUCCCCGGAUACUUCUCUGUCAAUCUAAUAGCGUUGAUGGAGCCAGUGUCCCAAUCACCCCAGGACCUGGAGAACAGACCAUUGAUGUAGAACCGCAUAUUAAUAUUGGAUCGAGAUUCCAAGCCAAUAUUCCUGAACUUGAAGACAGAGGAUUGGUGGGGGAAGAGGAUCACAAGGCAACUUUAGUUUGGAAACCAGGGCCAGAACUGGAAGAUAAAGAUAUCCAGCAAAGAGUGACCAGCCUUUUAAAUCUGUGUUGUUCAAGUGUAUUGACUGGUGGGGGAACCAACCUUGAAUAUGGCUUGCAUUCUCUCUUUGAGGCUAAAGGAGACGUUAUGGUCGCUCUGGAGAUGCUGCUUUUGUUGAAGCCGGCAAGAGCAAAAUCACAUCCUCUGGCAAGUUACCACUAUGCUGGUUCAGACCAGUGGACACCCAUUGAAAGAAAGCUGUUCAGCAAAGCAUUACACACAUACAGCAAAGAUUUUAUUUUGGUACAGAAAAUGGUGAAGUCGAAGACGGUGGCCCAGUGUGUGGAAUACUAUUAUACCUGGAAGAAAAUCAUGCAUUUAGGACGAAAGCACAGAACACGCUUAGCAGAAGUGAAAAAUGAGUGCCUGACCAGCGGCGAAGACGAUGAAUUAGAGGAAGAGGAGCAGGCAGAGGCGGACAAGAAGUCAGUCAAAGAGGAAGCCGAAAUUCAGAAUUCUCCUGAGCCGCCUUCAAUUAUUGCUGCUGAACCUAUUAACCUGCCUUCCUUGCAAAGCCCCACACUCCCAGCGACCUCAUUUACAUGUGAAAUGCCGGACUGUGGAGCGAUGUUCAACUCCAGACCAGCUCUGAAUGGCCACGUUCGCAUUCAUGGCGGUACAAACCCUGUGACGAAAACCCGCGGUGGGAGCCACGGUGCGAAGCAGAAAUCCAGCUCCCAGAAUGAUUACGGCCCCGCCAAAAACUCCCCAGCUCACAGUACGACAAGUGGCGAGACAGACCCAACUACACUUUUCCCUUGUAAAGAAUGUGGCAAGAUGUUUUUCAAAAUCAAAAGCCGCAAUGCUCACAUGAAAACGCACCGGCAACAGGAGGAGCAGCAGCGGCAGAAAGCCCAGAAGGCUGCUGUUGCAGCUGAAAUGGCAGCUACGAUUGCAAGGACCUCAGGGCCCUCUGGGCAUAGCUUGAUACCCUUGGAUCAUUUGGACUUGAUAAAGCAGGUUGAGGAAGCCGAUGACCUCAGCAGCGAUGUUGUUCAGGAAUUGGGAGAGGUCAUGGAUGGUACUGAAGUGAUAGACCCUGACCUCUUAUUGGAUGAAGAAGACACAGAUUUGCUUCAGGAUGAUGUGGAGCUCUAGAGGAAAAAAAAGCCAUUUUGUAAAAAUUAUGGAUGCCUGUUGGAAUUAUUUUCCUUCAGCUGGGAGGGUUAAGUGUUUACUUCCCUUUUAUUUUAAACUAUCUGAAUAGUUUGAAUGUUGUUUUCUUUCUUUUUUGUAUCUCUUGGGUGGAGGAGGGUGGGAUAAACCUGGUUAUUGCUGUUGGUCAUUUUACUUUUUGCAACUAUGAUUCAUUCCCCCCCCCCUCAUUCGAAAGGUAUUUUUGUCAAAUACCUUGCAAACUAGUUGGUUCUGAGAAGUCUUAUUUCCUUUCAGGCAUUUACGUGAUAAGUCCCCAAAUUCAUUUGCAACACCUCAGGGUUUUCCUUUUCCCUCCCACCAUACUCCCUAUAUGAGUAGGUUUUGGUUUCUUUUUCUUUUCAAAAUGUGUUUCAUUUUGUGCCUUCAGCUCAGGCCUCAAAACAUCUGCCACAACAAAGACUACUGUCUCUGCAAUAAACAGAAGCCGAGACUUGGAUUGUUGGCAUAUGAAAGUUUUGCUCUGACAUGUCGCUGGGGCUGUUAUAGGGCCUCUCUGCUGAUGAGAUACCUAAGGCAGACAAGUAGCUGUGGCAAGUUCUUUCCCACAACACAGAAUGUUCUGUGGUGGAUGGAGGCUUCCAAGGCGCCUUCAGAUUUCCUUCUUAACAAGAAGACUGGCUUUGUACUUGGCCCUGUACAAAUGGAUGGGCUCGGCGGCCUAUUCCGCUUUACUUUGACCCAGAAGAAAUUUGAGCGGUCCUGAAAUGAACAGCUAGAUUAGCCGUCUGCGAAUCUGCAUUCACUUCCUUCUUUCCCUUUUAUGAGGCAAUCUGUUUCUUUGAGAAGGGCUCUACUCACGUUGUGCACUUCAGUCAGUGAAAUCAGAAGUCUGGAGGCUUCGCCAUGGGAGACGCUGCUGAGGCACAUCUCAAAAGUCCUUUGACUGGAGACUACUGGCUUGGAUACUUGGAAGUGCAUUUGUGAUAGGAAUGCACUGAAAUGCCUCCAUUUGCAAAAGUUUUAUCACUUUUUUUGUUUCAAAAAAGUUAUCCUUGAGAGUAUGCAGGGAUUUAUUAUUAUUAUUAAUUAUUAUUGUUAUUUGCUGCCUAGAGGCAGUGGUACUUAUCAAGCCCUUUCCUCACAGAAAGAAGAGGGGGGAGAUUUCCGCUUUGAGGUAAAUUGGUUCUUUUUUCUAAGCACAUUAAGAUUUUCAUCGUGGCCAGAGGCCAUUUAUGUAUGUAUGUAAGAAAUAAAUAAAAAUUACAUAGCUUGGCUGAUAACGUUAACAUAAAUAUACACAUAACAGUGAGGGGUUUUAUGCCUGCCAGGACUCUCUUAUGGAGCCGUAGGUUUGCUCUUGGAAGCGAUAAUGCCCAGCAAGCAUUCAGCAGUCAGUGGGUGGCGGGUAUGGAAAUGCAAUAAAUAAGCACACACACCUCUUCUAUAUGAAAUUUUUAUCAGGCCACAGCUGCCUCAUUCCUGUUCAAGUAAGUCAGCAUGUUCAACUUUGGAAUGACUUGGCUAGGCAGCUUGCUCCUUUUUCCUUUCCAGAGCUGGGACUGGGAUUAUUCCCCAGGCACGAUCUUCUUUUGCAUCACCUCUAUUGCUUAUAAAAGUUGCAAAAGUUGCGUCACCUCUAUUGCUUAUAAAAGUUGCAAAGUAUGAUGGGUAUAUAGACAUGAUGGGAAUAUAGACAGUUACUGCAUAUUACGUUUGCACCUAGGAGUCAGACCAGAGCCCUAGAAUAAGUUAACAGUCAGAAACGUCUUUAUUUCUUUCAAUCAAAGCCAAACCAUUCAUGGCCAUGCUCCCACUUGGGUUCAAAAGCAUGCUGUCCAGUCAUAGGUGACACUGGUGAGACGUGGCUUUUGGAUGCCCCCAAAUCAGAUGGAGAUUGACCCUCUUAAGCCAGGGCCACUUUAGACAACUGAAAUUGUCUCCACUUGGCACAUCCCCCAAGCAUUUCAGAAAAAAGUAGCACCUGACCCCAGGGCUUUUCCAGUUUACAUCCAAUACUUCUCAGUGGUGAUUCAGGGUUGAAAAGAAAUGUGUUGCUUUGUUCACUUAAAUUGCUACCAGAAAACUGUGGUCAGAUACGAGUUUUCCAGGCAAUUGCACCUCCAGUUGGAAUCCCAUCCUCUGUGAGCCGUGUCCCUGAGGAUCUGCACGGAGACAAUCUCAGAGAAGAUGAACUGGCUUUCAAUAUGAGCGGACCAAUUUAACAACCAUUGAAAGCAUUUUGAUAAAUGCAGAGGAACUAUUUGGGUGCUCCUUGCAAGCUACUCCUCUCUUUCCCCCAAGCUUUCCCCCUAAGAAUCUGUUCUUAUCAGGGAAUAGCUAGCGUCACCCAGGUUGUCUUUGGAGAAUUGGAUAUGGUUCUUGAGUGUGUUUGACCAUCUCAGUCAAGGGGUGUGAUUUGCCUUCACCUGUUGCUGUUGCCCGACAUAACUGAUGGAGAGAACUGGCAAUUUGCAUGCUGUGUGAGAUGCUGACCACUGACAUCCUUGCAUGGUUGACCCAUUUCCAGGGGUUAGCUAAUGUAGGGAGUUACAUGACACCUAUAAGCAUCCUUGCUCUCAUAUGAAAUGUCUGCUGGCAAAUGGCAUUUGCAGUGUUCUUAGUGAGACGCUGGUACCUGCAUGCCUGAGCAGAAUAUUUUUCUCUCUUGGUAUUUUCAAGGGGAAUGUCCCUCCCAGUUUUCAUUGACUGGCAUCUACUGGGACAGACCCUUUGGAAUUCUCACCAGUCAGAGAUUGUGUAUUUUCCAUCUGUAAUCUGUAAUCGGAUUCUGUUGUCAGAAGCUUGGCUGGGGAAUAGCAUAAUGGAGUUGUGUAGGUCAGUAUCUGAUCAGCUCGCUAUUUGUUUUAGCCAUUGGCCAUAACAGUUACAUGUGGUUGCAGUUUUUUUUUAAAAAAAUGCAUCAAGAAUUUUUUUAUAGAGGAGCAUCAUAAAAGAAAAUAUAUCCAGCCUAUAGGCAACUAAUUACUCAAGCAUCCAGAUUUUUUUGUCAAACGUUUCGUAGCAGCCAAAGCAAACAUAGCCAUGCAUCCAGAGAUCCCUAUCCUGCUUGCAGUGGAAAAAUUAUUAUUUCUGCUGAUUUUACCAGUUGACACACUCCUUCAGUAGGCAAUUGUACCUAUAGGAUAAAACAAGAACAAGCUAAAUAGGUGUCACAGACUGUCUUUCACUGCUUCCUCAUCGCAAACGCAAUAAUGCUGUGGUAUUGCCUGACUAACACAGCAGAGGGCAUCAGCUGAAAUCUUACCAAUGUACAGUAUAUGCUUUCCUGUAGUGCAAAUCUAUACCAAUCAGUUUAACUAAUUCUUUUGCCAUUUGCCAUUAAAGUACGAUUACAUGGACGAAGAUUUCUUGCAUUUCCAGUUUAGCAGGCUGACACAGAAUCUAAGUGUAAUACACAGGAAAGACCAGCUGAGCUAUUCUUUGAAACCAAUUGGACAGUCCUAGGCAAUCGGGUUGCAAGUGUUUGGAAGCCUAUUAUGACAUAUGCAUGAUAUCUAACCAAUAAAUAAAGAGAGGAGGCUAAUGCGUAUAUAACAAUAGUUCCUUCCAAAUAGAUUCAUUGAGUUUAUAUUUGACUAUAUGAUGCAGCACUACACCAGCAAGCCCAUGUAAAAAACGUAUGGUCUAGGUAAGGACCUUCCAUGUUUAUGGAAGGUUUGGGGUGAUGCAUGUUCUUGUCGGCGAGCAGUGACAAAUGUGAAAUUGCAGUGUAUAAGGCCUUUCCUUCAGAUUUAUAACCACAAAGUUGUCCUUUAGUAGUAGUCUUACAUCAAACUGGAAGGUGUUACAGGGAAAAUUGCCAUCUUGUAAAAGUAUUGUGGAGCAAAUGAUGUGGCUUAAAAUAACCAAAGAGAAUCUCAAAAUAAUUCCUGGAAGAAAUAUUGGUCCUUGUUUAACUUCUAUACAUAGGUUCUGUAUUUCUAAAACAUUGCAGUGAUAAAUAACAUCUAAAUAUGGUCAACAUUUUGAUGGAAAAUUUGAUCUUUUAUUUCCCUUUUUGUUAAUGUUUCAUGUUUAUUGUGGUAUAGUUCCAGUAGAGAAUUAGAGAAAAAUUGUACAUAACAAAAGAAAAAGG